GCUGACAGAAGCUUGUCGCAGAUUCAAGAAACACGCAAGCAACAUCGACAACAUUCUCGCGGUUUCGCACCGCCAACUUGGAAACAUUCGUAAUCAUGGAUUUCGCAUCCAUCAUGUUGCCUAACCGCGUAAUUGAGAAGGCAAAAUGCAUAUUUAAGAGUUGUGAAUUCCCAGUUCCAUGAAUCUUGUCUUCUCCAGAAUUACACAGUACAUCAAUCUUCACACUUCGAGCAUUGCAUCAAGACAUUCGAUCUCAAACACCAACACCAACACCAACACCAACACCAACACCAACACCAAUACCAAGAACACAACUCCUCACUUCAUAACGGCCACCACAACUGCCUCCAGCAACAUAUCCUUACCUUCAGUCAAAAUGAUGCACUCUUUCCCCGUCUCGUUCUGCGCUCCUCAGGCUGCUGAGCCCAAAUUCUUCCCUCUUUUCCGCCUGCUCAACGACUUUGACAACUACUCGCGUGACAGCCGCGGUGCCUCUGUUGCAUCCGCCCCUGCACCUCGUCAACAGCGCGCCAAGCAGGCUCGCCCCCAGCCCAUUGCCUUCCACCCCAGGUUCGACGUCCGGGAAACAGAAGAUGCCUACGAACUUCACGGCGAGCUGCCCGGUCUAGAGCGCGAGAACAUCAACAUUCAGUUCCCCGAGCACCAAACCAUUGUCAUCAGUGGUACCGUCGAGCGCAACUACGCCUCGGACUCAAGCAAGGACAGUGAUGUCAGCCACGAGGAACCAACCUCUCCCGAGGUCGAGACUGAGACCGAGACCGAAAAGCCGCGUCGCAACUCCCACCAGGCGACCGUAGAGGACGACCCGGAGGACGAGAACACCCCCGCCUCUAGCCGGCCUUCCUCUCCCUGGACAGACGUCGCCAAGCCCGUCGCUCCGGCCGCUGCCGAGGAGACAACCCAAACACCGGCGCAGACCCCUAAGGACCAGUCCAAGUACUGGCUCCGGGAGCGCUCUAUCGGUCGCUUCUCGCGCACCAUCACCUUCCCCGCCCGUAUUGACGAGGACAACGCGGCGGCGGUCCUGAAGAACGGGAUCCUGAGCAUCACGGUGCCGAAGGCCAAGGUCUCCACGCCAACGAAGAUCCAGAUCGCAUGAAUGGUGGAGGAGGAUUAGGAUUGUGCAGAGGGUGGACGGGUCAUUGUUUUCAAUGUUCUUCUCAGAUUAACAACAUGCAUUUGGGGGGUUCUAGACUCCGGAGUUGGGCGUUGGACUUUCCUUAGCAAGAGAUUACCUAAUUAUCCAAUCAUUCCAAUGAAUGUUAUUAUGUUAUCAUGAA